AGCACGGUGAGAAGAAAUGCACGGCCGCCAGCAGCUGCAGCGCGAGCGAGCAAGGCAGUACGUCCGUUGGUCGGCUCGCCCGCCACACCCGUCGCGCAUGCACGCGCGGCGCCCGGCCACGUGCCGCCGCGGGCACGUCCCUCUCCGCGCCUUUAACUCCUCCCCGCCAUCUCCCCACUGCCAACCAGACAGACACCCGAUCGACACCGCCGACCGGACUCCCUCAAAGCCGGCUACCGGGGCGCGAGCGACAGCGAGCGGGAGAGCAUGGGAGAUCGGCAGCAGCAGCACGCGCACGGGCACGGCGGCGGAGAGCACCCGGCGGCAGCGGACCCGCCGUCGUCGGCGACGCUGCUGCGGCGGGUGCAGACCCACGCGCCCAACUCGACGCAGGUGGUGGGCUUCCUGACGCUGCUCGUCUCCGGCGCCGUGCUGCUGCUCCUCACGGGGCUCACGCUGACGGGCGCCGUCGUGGCGCUCGUCUUCCUGGGCCCCAUCGCGCUGCUCACCAGCCCCAUCUGGGUGCCCAUCGCCGUCGCGCUCUUCGUCCUCACCGCCGCCGCGCUCUCCGCCUGCGGCUUCGUCGUCGCCGCGCUCGCCGUGGGCACCUGGAUGUACCGCUACUUCACGGGCCGACACCCCGUCGGCGCCGACCGGGUGGACUACGCGCGCAGCCGGAUCGCCGACACGGCCAGCCACGUCAAGGACUACGCGCGCGAGUACGGCGGCUACCUGCACAACCGCUCCAAGGACGCCGCGCCCGGCGCCUAGGCGCGCCGGCCCGCCGGCCGGCAUGCACCGCCGCCCGUGUCGUUGCCGUUGCCGCUAGCUAGGUCGCUCUCUUCUUCUUGGUAGUUCCUCUUGCGUGUGUAUUGUGCGAUCGAUCCCUCUCGUUGUUAAAGCAAUUUCCUCUUCUUUUUCUCUACUAGAACACGUACGUACGGUGUUAAUUUC